GCCUCUGCGUCUUCUUGUCGCUAUUGCUGGGCAGCGCUCCGAGGAGACGCCGAGGCUUUUGGGGGAUUGAUGUCCUCUGUGCGGAGCUCCUCGUCAGCCACAGCUCGAUGCGAACGGCUACUCGGCCUGGUCUGUCCCCUGAGCGCGGCUGUGGCCUGGCCGGGCUGGGCCGUGCUCUGCGGGCCUGAGGUGGUACCGAGCUCGUCCCACCGUGUCCCGCAGCCGGGCACCGACAGGUGCGGCCCCCGGGUCCCUCGUGCUCAGCGCUGCCUUGGGCCGAGGUGCAGCUCCCUGGCCUGGCUCCACCUUAUCGGGGCCUGGAAACUGCUUUUAGGCUCCCACCCUAAAUCCGUACCGGCACUAGUCAGCGAGCAGACGGGUUUCGGGUUCUGAAUUCUGUCCUGGAGACAUACCGAAUUUUUCUUUCUAGUCUGAAAGCCCACGGAACACACUGAAGUAACUCUGUAACUCCUGAUAAACCUGUCCUAGGAUCUAGGAAGUGCUUCCGAGUAGUCUUGCUGCAACUCGGGAGUUAUUUGCCGAGAUGGGCCUUUACACGUGCCAUGCAUUUUCCUUGGCUUAGUAAAUGAAACCUAUUGCAAGGAGUACGGCGUAUAUGUGUAGGAAGAUAAACCGAGUUAAAUUGGGAUGGGAAGACAAAUUUUGGCAAUGUUUUAUGAAGUUUGGAUGUACUUCCGAGGGUGACUUGCCCAAAUCAUCCAGAUUCCAUUUUAGUGGAGGACUACAGAGCUGGUGAUAUGAUUUGUUCUGAGUGUGGGCUAGUAGUAGGUGACCGGGUCAUAGACGUGGGCUCGGAGUGGAGAACGUUCAGCAACGACAAAGCAACCAAAGACCCAUCUCGAGUUGGGGAUACCCAGAAUCCUUUGCUCAGUGAUGGCGACUUGAGUACAAUGAUUGGCAAGGGCACAGGUGCAGCAAGUUUUGAUGAAUUUGGGAAUUCAAAGUACCAAAAUCGCAGAACUAUGAGCAGCUCUGAUCGUGCGAUGAUGAAUGCUUUUAAAGAGAUUACGAACAUGGCAGACAGAAUCAACCUCCCUAGAAAUAUAGUUGAUCGAACAAAUAAUUUAUUCAAGCAAGUGUAUGAGCAAAAGAGCCUGAAGGGGAGAAGUAAUGAUGCUAUUGCUUCUGCUUGUCUCUACAUAGCCUGUAGGCAAGAGGGUGUUCCAAGAACUUUUAAAGAAAUAUGUGCAGUGUCCAGGAUUUCAAAGAAAGAAAUAGGCCGGUGCUUUAAACUUAUUUUGAAAGCUCUGGAAACAAGCGUUGAUUUGAUUACAACUGGAGACUUCAUGUCACGAUUCUGUUCUAAUCUGGGUCUUCCCAAACAAGUACAAAUGGCAGCAACACACAUUGCCCGUAAAGCUGUGGAAUUAGAUUUGGUUCCUGGAAGAAGCCCUAUCUCUGUAGCAGCUGCAGCUAUUUAUAUGGCAUCACAGGCUUCUUCAGAGAAAAGGACACAAAAAGAAAUUGGUGAUAUUGCUGGUGUGGCUGAUGUUACGAUUAGACAGUCAUACAGGCUGAUCUAUCCUCGAGCUCCAGAUCUUUUCCCAGCAGACUUCAAGUUUGAUACCCCAGUAGACAAACUACCACAACUGUGAGAUUGCAGAGGGUUAAUUUCUGUUGACCCCCCCCCCAAAAACCCAACAAAAACAAACUCUUUAUUUUUGCCUAUAAUAAAGGAUGUACAAAGUGUUAA